AUGAGCCAUGGUUUCUUCACGUUGCGACGUUUCUGCUCCAAAAAGUGUAACGAGCUGCCAUUUAGAAGGUUUUUGGCAGGCGUGGAUUUUGCUCGAACUACAGGACCUUCCACAUCGACAGGUACAAUUAGCUCAGCUCUAGAAUAUGAUCCAAAUGAAUUGCCUGUCGUUAAUUAUUUGCCAAUUACUGGUAAGAGUUUACCUGGAAAUAUAAGUCAUGCUCGAUGGUUGACGAAAGCCAACAGGAUUUUGCGUCUCUACAUGUCUAGAGAAGUGGCAUCUGAACCUCUCAGAAGAGUAACGCAUUUCAUUUUGAACUUUUACGGACCCUCUUGGUUCAAAAUUAAAUCAAAUUCUUCUUGCCGAAAUGGUGCUAACAACUUCUUUUACUUAGUUCAGUUGUUUCGGGAACUUGAUGCCUUAGAUCAGGCUGUGGUUUGUCCUGUUCUCAAAAAUAACUGCUACUUUGCGCAUGCUGAAAACAUUCUCUUAGCUGCAGCAGUAGAGAGAACAAUUAAAGACGUUAGCGCUGCCAGCUGUAAAGUUUAUGGGAAAAAGUCCCGUCAUGGCAUGGUGUUACAGAGUAAGAAAUCCAGAUUAGAGAUACCAAAAAUAGACAGCAAGAAAGAUUUAAUUAACAGUUAG